ACUGGAGAUCAGAGAGAUCAACCGUCGCGUAUGACAGCAUCGCAGCGACCAUUUGAGGCGAUAAACACACAUUCGACGGGUUAUUUCUCUAGUAAGCUAUUAAUCAACGGCUCGUAAUGUGUGUUAAGCUGACGGUUCGGGCACAAGCAAGGAAUGAAGAAGCGUCAGACGCAUACACUCACUGACUGGGAAUCGCGUUUCGAAGACUAACCUGAGCUUCGGUCGAAUAUCUCUCAAGACUGCCGCUUCGCUGGCUCUUUAUACCCGCGAGACACUAUUUUGCCUCUAAUUCCCUUUAUAGACGCGUUUUUAUUUCGCUGUACUGGCAGACACGUUUAUCAGUGUUUCAGUCUAGUGCGCUUGAAGCUGUGCAUUUCAAAACCUGAGUGAACUUAACAGGUAAACAGUUUUACUUCAUUCUUCUAUCGAUUGUUGUUUACUUUUGAUAUUAUUUCCCAUAAUGUAGCUAUAGUAUCCUCGCGCAUUCGUUUAGGACAUUUUGAUGAUUUGAUCAAAUGUUGUCUUGAACUAAUAUGGAGUUGUCACUGGCUGGAUGGCGUUUCACAUCCGCGCGCUGUCAUCCCCACACCGGGUAAAGUGAACGACGCACCGGGGAAAAAAGGCUUCAAAACCUGUUAACGUGGAACUGCAGUGAAACUUAAAGGAUAAAGAAUGUCUAAAACGCUGAAGAGGAAGAAACACUGGUCCACUAAAGUGCAGGAGUGCGCCGUGUCGUGGGGAAGCGUUGGGGAGUUCGGUGAUGUUGUGGAGAUCCUUGGAGGCGCCGAGCUCGGGGAGUUCCCGUUCCUCGGUCAGAUGAACUUGGACGUGCUGGUGUGUCACGUCGGGAGACUACCGUACUACGGGGAUGUGUUAUUGGAAGUGAACGGGACACCUGUCAGUGGGCUGACGAACCGAGACACGCACGCGGUGAUGCGCCACUUUCGGGAGCCGAUUCGAAUUAAGACCGUCAAACCAGGUAAAGUGCUGAACGCUGAUUUAAGGCAUUAUCUUAGCCUGCAGUUCCAAAAAGGAUCAAUCGACCACAAGCUGCAGCAAGUGAUCCGAGACAACCUGUACCUGCGCACCAUUCCAUGUACCACUCGGAUGCCCAGAGAUGGGGAGGUUCCAGGAGUGGACUAUAAUUUCAUCAGUGUGGGGGAUUUUCGCAUCCUGGAAGAGAGUGGAUUGCUGCUGGAGAGCGGAACGUAUGAUGGUAACUUCUAUGGCACACCCAAACCUCCUGCGGAGCCAAACUUGAUUCAGCCGGACCUGGUGGACCAGGUUCUGUUUGAGGAGGAUUAUGGCUCUGAAGUCCAGCGAAAGCGAACCACCUCUGUCAGUAAGAUGGACCGAAAGGACAGCGUCGUCCCUGAGGAGGAAGAGGAUGAGGAACGGCCACAGCUCCCAAAUGGCAUCCCAGAGAGGACAGAGGAGUGGAGGAAAGCAGUGCCCAGCUACACUCAGUCCAGUGGUGGAGGCAGUGCAGGAGGCAGCGGGACACUGGAGCUCCGCACCUGGAGCUCUUUACCCAGAGACGACAGCCUGGAGCCCCUGCCCUACAACUGGGAAAUGGCCUACACCGAGACGGGCAUGGUCUACUUCAUAGACCACAACACAAAGUCGACUACGUGGUUGGACCCUCGGCUGGUCAAAAAAGCCAAGCCCCCUGAAAAGUGUGAGGAUGGAGAACUUCCGUACGGAUGGGAGGAGAUUGAUGACCCGCAGUAUGGCACAUACUACGUUGAUCACGUAAACCAGAGAACCCAGUUCGAAAAUCCGGUUCUAGAGGCCAAGAGGAAACUCGGUUUGGACACUGCAGUCGCAACCCAGACCCAACAGAGGGCAGCACCUCCUCCAGGUGGAGCGGCUGGUACACCUGGAUUCACACGGGACGCCACCCAACUGAAGGGGGAGCUGUAUCACACGGCUCUCAGGAAGAGCCAGCAGGGGUUUGGUUUCACCAUCAUUGGUGGAGACCGACCUGAUGAGUUCCUGCAGGUGAAGAACGUUCUCUCUGAUGGCCCCGCCGCACAGGACAACAAGAUGGCCUCUGGUGAUGUUAUUGUGGAAAUCAACGGCACACUUGUCUUGGGCAAGACGCAUGCAGAUGUGGUCCACAUGUUCCAGUGCAUCCCAAUUAACCAGUACGUGGACAUGGUCCUCUGUCACGGAUACUUGCUCCCCCCUGACGUGAAUACGGACAGCGAGGACCUUCCUCCUCCUCCUCCUCCUCCCCCUCCGACAGGAGAGAUCGUAACCGCGGUACCCCUCAUCAACGGCCAGCCGCUGCUGGUCAAAGGUGACGCCCUCCACGGUUCCUCCCAAGAGCUUCACUAUGUGACCACAGAUGCCAACGGGCGGCCGGUGGUCGCUGCGCUUCCGGGAGGCAUCAGUGCCAACGAUAGGCCGGAGACGGGGAUGCUGCAACCGGAGCUGGUGAGCGUUCCAAUCGUGAAGGGGCCUGGAGGAUUUGGCUUUGCCAUUGCAGACUGUCCGUUGGGGCAGAAGGUGAAAAUGAUCCUGGAUGAGCAGUGGUGCCGAGGACUGCUGAAAGGAGACGUGAUAAAGGAGAUUAACAGGCAAAAUGUGCAAACGCUGAGCCACGCGCAGGUGGUGGAUAUACUGAAGGACCUCCCUGUGGGGAGCGAGGUGAAUCUGUUGGUGUUGAGAGGAGGUCAUACAUCACCAGUGAAGAGUUUACGACCUAGACCGGGGAUGAGUGCCAGUACUGAGACUCUGGACCGUUGCCAUGACAUCAUGGUUCCCCAGGCUUUGACCUAUCACUCAAACACACUGCCAUGUAGCUCUCCAAAACAAGACGCUUCCCUCCACUACAGCAAGCCCAAAGCUUUGCCGGAGAGCAUAGCACCUCACACUAAGGAGUUGGACGUGUUCAUUAAGCGAGAUCAGGACACAGGCUUUGGCUUCCGUGUGCUUGGGGGAGAGGGCUCAGAACAACCAGUCUACAUCGGUGCCAUCAUUCCCCAGGGGGCGGCGGAGAAGGAAGGCCGUCUGAGGGCCGGAGAUGAGCUCGUUGGCAUCGAUGGCAUCAUUGUAAAGGGGAAAUCUCACAAACAAGUUCUGGAUCUGAUGACUAACGCAGCACGUAACGGACAAGUGCUUCUUUCAGUGCGCAGGAAGGUCAUUUACAGAGAUGCCCAAGUGAAUGUUGGGAGCGGGGCAAUGACACUUGUGAAUGGCUCACCCCGGCUUCCCCGUAUCCAGGUGCCAAGUGUUAAGGACCAGGAGUCAUUUGAUAUCACACUCCAUCGUAAAGAUAAUGAGGGCUUUGGAUUUGUCAUUCUCACCUCAAAGAGCAAACCGCCACCUGGAGUGUGUGUUGCAGUGAUUCCUCAUAAGAUCGGACGAAUAAUCGAGGGCAGUCCAACUGACCGCUGCGGGUUGUUGAAUGUGGGCGACCGCAUAUCCGCUGUGAACAGUCAGUCCAUUGUGGAGCUCUCCCACAACGACAUUGUUCAGCUCAUCAAAGACGCAGGGAACUCAGUCACGCUCACCGUGGUUCCUGAGGACGAGUACAAAGGUCCGCCCUCAGGAGCAAGCUCGGCCAAACAAAGUCCAGCACCUCAGCACAAGAUUUUCAAAAACACUCAGGAUGAGAGAUAUAAUUUGGAUAUGGAUGAGAUCAGGGAUGAGCUCAUCUGGACGGAGUAUAAAGCUCUUCCCAUGAGUGAACAGGGAACGUUGUGUGUCGCCAACUCAAAACAGGGCUGUAUUGCGGUUGAGUUGGAGCGCGGUCCUCGUGGUUUCGGCUUUAGUCUGAGAGGGGGAACAGAGUAUAACAUGGGCCUCUACAUUUUGCGUCUGGCUGAGGAUGGCCCCGCUCUACAAGAUGGCAGGAUACACGUUGGAGAUCAUGUAGUGGAGAUCAAUGGAGAACAGACACAAGGCAUUAGUCACACUAGAGCCAUUGAGCUGAUCCAAGCUGGAGGAAACAAAGUGCUACUGUUACUGCGACCACAAGCCCUCUUAGCAGAGAACAGUUCUACAGGAGAUGUUAUCCUUCCUGAUCCGCCGGAAUCCAAAACUUCCAACGUUCCUCUCAGUUCUCCUCUCCUUCAUCCAUCAUCCACCUCAGCGAAGAAGGGAACACCAGACCUGACAAGCUCCUUGGAUCUGGCCUGCGAGGAUCCUCGCACUAAAGACAGCAAGAGGGAGAAAAGUGCCAAACCACGAAACACCAGCUCUUCCAGAGUCUCGCAGCAACGCCGCAUCAAGAGUCGUUCCGCAGAGAAUCUCCUUGAUCUCGGAGAAACAGAGAAACCCAAAAGCUCAUCCAAAGACAAAGCUCGCAGCUACAAAGAAAAUCUGAAACAAAGCACUCAAGACUCCCACAAGAACAGAAAGUCCUGCCAACACAGUCGCUCAGUCAGCCCCCAGAAGUCAAAGCGUGAAGGACAGGAAGUGGCAUUUGGAGAAACACAGGGACAGAAAGGGGAACGCCGUGCAAAGGGCACACUGAGCGUGGACCAGAGGAAAGGUGAUGCUGAAAGGAGGAAAAAACAGGAAUCUAGAGGAAGGAAGCGAAGUGAGGCCCAAGAACGGGAGGAGAGUUUGAGAACUGAGAGAAAAGCGAGGAGCAAAAAAGAGGAUGAAGCGGUUGAGCCAAUAGGGGAGGCUAAGCUCAAAAACACCCAAAAGAAGAAAAAACAGGAGGGAGACAUGAAGAGCAAAAAAACAAAGGAGAAGGGAUCUUUGAGGGAUCAAAGGGAAGAAAACAAGAAGGAAGUGAUUACAGACAAGGAUGAAAACAAAAGAGAAGGAAAUGAGAGUGAACACCCGAAUGACGUCAUUGUCACCACAGAUGCAGCUUCAGUUACCACUAGAGAGAGUCAAGUGUUUGAUCAGCCAGGACCCUUAAACCAUGGCCUUUGGAAGAUUCCUAGUUAUGCACGCAUUCUCACUCACGAGGAAGUGAUGCGAGAUGUUCACGAGCAGAUCGAGGAUGCUUGGGAAUAGAAGGUCUAAGACCAGAAACAUAUGCAUGUACGUGAAUGCAAACUCUUCUAGCUAAGAUUUCACACAUUGACUAGGUUUACAUCCAGCCAAUAACCCGUUCAAAACCUGGAUAUUAGCAAUAACCCGGUCACGAACGGCCAUGUAAACACAGGUAAAAACCUGAAUAUUGCUCAUAUCCCUGAUUUUAAAAACCGGGAUAUGAUACCCCUUUUCUAACCCGAUUUUUUGGUCAUGUAAAUGCGUAUCGGCAUAUC